AACUGAGCCACGCUGACGCUGAUGCCGGCUGUGGCAUCUCUCCUCUUCCAAUGCGCAAACCGCUGAUGCGAAUCCCCUACACUGACAUCCUCCCGUCGCCCAGAAUCAUCCCGGCCUCGGCCCAUUCCCUCCAAGGCGCCCUCGCCGCCCUGCACAACUUCUUCGCCGCCCCGCCGCCCAACUCGCUGCCCUCCUCGACCGUCGUCCUCACAGGCGCCGGGCUGUCCGUGGCUUCUGGCCUGGCCGACUACCGCGGGCCCAAUGGCACGUACCGCGUCAACAAGACGUACCGCCCCAUCUACUACAACGAGUUUGUACAGAAUCACGAGGCCCGCAAGAGGUACUGGGCCAGGAGCUUUCUCGGCUGGACAAGCCUCCUCAAGGCAAAGCCGAAUGCUGGCCAUUAUGCUAUUAGAGACUUGGGAGACUUGGGCUUGAUCAGCGCCGUCAUCACGCAGAAUGUCGAUUCCUUCCACCCGAGAGCCCAUCCCCAUAUCCCUUCCCUCGAACUCCAUGGCUAUCUGAGAUCAACCUCCUGCACUACCUGCCGCACCGAGUAUCCCCGCGACGAGUUUCAGCAUCAAUUGGCGCGGCUGAACCCUCGCUGGGCGGAGCUUCUCCAGGAGGCGCUGGCAUCGGGAGCUCUCGAUACUGAAGAUCCGGACGAGAAGAAGUUCAGAGGCUUAAAGGUCAACCCGGAUGGUGAUGUUGACUUUCCUGAUGCACCGUAUACCACUUUUAGAUACCCUCCCUGCCCUCGAUGUCUGGCCGAUCCGCCGAUCAAGGCAGAGGGCUUCAGACACACAGUAAGGGUCGACAGCGACGGGGCAUGGAUUUUGCCGAGCUCCGCGGGGGUGUUGAAGCCGAAUGUUGUCAUGUUUGGGGAAAACAUUCCCAACCAGGUUCGAACUGCGGCCGAGAAUGCCAUCGACAGCGCCGGGAGACUUCUCGUCCUGGGCACUUCGCUUGCCACCUAUUCGGCGUGGAGGUUGGCCAAGAGAGCCAAGGAUAGGGGCAUGCCCAUUGCCAUCGUCAAUAUGGGUGGCGUCAGAGGAGAAGACCAGUUCUUCGCCGACGUUGAUCCUAACCAAGCCGGCGAAUUGGCUGUCCGCGUUGAGGUGUCGACUGACGAUGUCCUCCCAGCUCUUGUAUCUCAGCUUCGCCAGAGGCUAG